UUUGUUUUAGUUUUCAUUUUUCCGCAUUUUUCCGGGUGCCAGUUAAUGUUGUGUUUUUCCAUUUCUUUUUAAGCGUAAUUCUCAAUUUUAUAAAAAAAUAAUAAUGUUCUCGUUAUUACACAAAGAGGAAUCUGCGCACGAUGAUGGUAUCUGGUCAUGUUCCUGGGGACGAGUACAACGCGAAACAGCCUCUGAUAACGCAACGGGAGACGAAAAGGAUGGGGAUGCUAGUCAUGAUUCAGACUUUGGAGUAAAGAAGCCAGAAUCAGUUGAUUUUAUUGUGACUGGCGGGUUAGAUGAUUUAGUUAAAGUUUGGGACAUACGCGAUGAUGAUCAACUUAAGUUGCGCCACACUUUGAAGGGCCACUCUCUGGGUGUAGUUUCUGUAGCAGUGAGCCCCGAUGGCAAAACUAUCGCGAGCAGUUCCUUAGACUCAAGUCUCUGCUUUUGGGACUCACAAAGUGGUCAACAGAAACAUCUGCUCUCCUUUGGACCCGUGGACUUGUGGACAGUUGCGUUUUCGCCUUGCAAUAAAUAUGUCAUUUCCGGUUCAAACGAUGGCAAAAUUUCAAUGUAUAGCGUUGAAACGGGAAAGGCAGAGCAGGUGCUCGAUCCGCAGAAUGGAAAAUUUACACUAAGCAUUGCAUAUAGUCCAGAUGGAAAGUACAUAGCUAGUGGUGCUAUAGACGGCAUCAUCACCAUUUUCGAUGUAGCAGCCGGUAAAGUGGCGCAAACUCUCGAAGGUCAUGCUAUGUCGGUGCGAAGUUUGUGUUUCUCCCCGAAUUCUCAAAUGCUGCUAACUGCGUCUGAUGAUGGACAUAUGAAACUUUACGAUGUUGCGCACUCGGACGUCGCUGGUACGCUAUCUGGCCACGCCUCUUGGGUACUUUGCGUUUCCUUUUCCGAAGAUGGUAAACAUUUUGCGUCGUCGUCUAGUGAUACGACUGUCAAGAUUUGGGAUUUCGCCGAACGUAAAUGUAUGCACACAUUCUCCGAACAUAGUGAUCAGGCUUGGGGCGUGAAUUACAGUUUAUCAAACGACAAAGUUAUAUCAGUGUCCGAAGACAAAUCUCUGAAUUUGUAUAAUUGCCCACCCAACGUUGUUGUGUAGCGUCUCUCAAUAAAAUUUAAUUUUUCGUGUUUUA